AUGAAGCUCAACCUGAUGCUCAAGUUUCGGACAUUUGGAAACCUGACUCGAGCAUCCUUGCAGGGGUACUUUGCUGGAGGCCAGGACAUGCUUGUCUUGAUCUGGGCCCAGCUGGUAGAACUGUGGACCUUUAGCAUCUCUCAGGAGAACUUGGAUUUGGGAAACAAAUUCAAAGUGAUCCAAUGUGAUCCCAACGUCCUUCUGGCUGAGAAACUGCUCCAGUCUCGGGGUUUAAAAGAGACCACACCUCUGGCUGCAGAUUCCACUACAAGCAAUACAUCAAUCAGUGGUGCAGCUGUAUCACAGGAGACUCCAUUCAGUUGAGAACGUUCCGAGGGAUGCAUUAGGGAGACUCUGCUGCUCUUCAAAGCUUCCUUUAAGAACAACAAGGUGGCUGUUCAUAGUAUUUCUUAUUAUGUGAAAUCAUUACAACUUUUUUUCUUGAAAAUUAACUAAUCUCUCAUCAAUUUAAAGGUCCAGAUGAAAUUUAAUAGAGCUUUUCUUAAUGCCAUGGAUGGAACCGGUAUGUUGCCUUUAGCCUUUAGCAAGAGACCUGGGACCACUGCUUCUUUACAGCCCAGUGAACUAUCCAGGUUUGAAAACCAUCAUACUGCAAACCCUGUCACCCUGCAAGCUGUCCGCUGUCUUCAGCCAGGCAACAAAGCCAGAGAUGAAAAUGGAUGGCGCUUGUCAUCAGCUCCAGACCCAAGGAACGGAGGAGAAAUUCCCCAGUUUAGAGAACCUGAUUCCCAUCAGACACUGCAUCCUGCAAAGGUGAAAACUGUCAUUCUGAAGUCUGAGAAACUACAUCCAAAACCCCCUGUGGAGGGUAAAGACAGGUCCGCCACCACCAAGUCACCCCAUGAAGCCCUGCCUAAACUAAAAGAGCACUCUGUGAACUGCUCUGGGCAGGAGCUGUGCUACCAGUGUAUGCAGUGGACCCAAAGAAAUGUCCCAGUGUACCUGAGGGGACAGCAGCAGGCAGAUGAGAGAGCACUGGAGAAACUCCUAUUUCUUAAACAACAAGAGAGGGAUGAGCAGUACAUGGAGGAAGAACAGAUGUCUGAAAAGAAGUGCACAGAACCUCCAGAUUGCCACCCUGACAGCUCCAUGUUCAGCCGCUGUGAGACAGCAGCGUGCAAAGCAGAAAGCCGUGAAAGGGCACAGAAGAUCUUCCAGGUAAAUUUUAGUGCUGCCACCAAGAGAACGAAAGAACUGCACAACCAUCAGGCACAGCUGGAGAAGGAAAAGGAGAUGCUGAGACGCAAUAAAAUGGAGCUAAUGCACGAUCGUAUCAAACGCUUUGAGAAGAUGCAGGACAUCAGCAAGUCACUAGAGCAAGACUGGAGUCGCAGUGUGAAACACAAAUACCAGCAGGAGGAAGACGAGAGGCGCUUUCGGAGGUGUGCGGGGGCAGGAUCACUCUAA